UGUUGCUGCAACAUAAUAUUUUUUGGCGCCGUUUUUUCCCUGUGUGCCACCUUGUUUUGAAAUCUCUUUUUUUUUGGAAGGAAGGAGUUUUCGAAAAGUCCCAACCAAAGGAUAGUAAGCCCUAAUCUAGCCCUAAGUAUGACCACCUCAACGCGGAGCAAUAGCACCACGAACAGCAGGAACAACACCACCAAGCACGACAGCGAGGAGCGGGAGAACAUCGAAAGCUCCACCACCACCACCGCCCCCAACGGGUUCAACUACCAACGCAGUCCAACGAGAUUGGGAUCGGGAACCUCGCGAGUGAUGCAGGCGGACGAGGACUUCAACAUACGAUUCGUGAACCUGGUGCGGCACCACAAGUGUCUCUACGACAAGAAGGUGCCGGAGUACCGCAACAGAGACAACCAGGAGAAGGCCUGGGUUCUGAUAUCCAAGGAGACCCGGGAAAGUGUGAUCCACUGCAAGGAACGUUGGAGGAAUCUGCGCGCCUGCCUCUCCCGGUACAUCAAGCAACAGGCUGGGUCGGAGCCCCAACACAAGCCCUACUAUCUCACCGAGCACAUGGCCUUUCUGCUGCCCUUCCUGAAGUCCACGCGGAACUCCCUGGAGAGCAACUCCAGCCUGGCGUCCCUGUAUCAGCUAUCUCAGCAUCAUAGUAUGCCGCACCUGAUCGGAUCGGACAACAUCUACUGCUCCAACAUCGCCACUACCAACAACGAGAACAUCCACAGGAACGGGGGAGAUCCCAGCGAGGACAUGAUGGUGAUGAAGCACUCGAUAUCGGAGAACGAUGACGAGGAGACUAUAGAUGCCUUUGAUCCCACGGUGGCCAGCACUCUCUGCCAGCAGAGGGGGGUGGCGGCGCCCAACACCCCCAACGCCGUCCAUGAGAAGAUCGGACCGGGAUCACCCGCCAGGAGCGAAACGGCGAGCGCGGACAGCAUGCAGAACUUUAUUCCCGACGUCCAGCUGGCUGAGACCGGGUCCCAGCUCAUGUACGGUGACUCGGGUCGCGGCACCCCACCGCCCCUGCACUACCACCCCCACUCCCUGAGUCUGUCCAUGGAGCACCAUGCCCCGUCGUUCGAGGCGAGUAGCGCCAAGAGGAUCAAGACGGAGUGCGAGGCCACCAGCACGAUAACCAACGGAGGCAAUCUCUACGGCGGCCUCAGUGUCUCGGAGGCCGCGGACAUGGACUUCUUUCGCAGCAUCCUGCCGGACAUUGCCAACCUGACGGCCCAGCAGCGUCGCAAGUUCAAGAUCGGCAUCCUGGAGCUGAUCGACGACGUGGUCACCCGCUAUCCCUCCCAGGAGCGUUGCAACGGAGGUGGACUGCUCAACGGCAGUGGCAGUAGCAGCAAUGGGGGAUCAGUGAACAGUGUUUCGAAACAGUCGAGACGCACUGCUGGCCGAGAUUGGCGGAAACAGUGAAUCCUUAACUAGAAACUAGGAUGUACGAUGUAAGAGUUACUUAAGGGGGGACUCCAAUCCGCUCACGGUCCAUGUGUUGUGUUACAGGUGGGGGCUCCAGAGGUUUCCAAUCCCGCCAAGCCAUCAAGCUCGACUAUUCCUUCUGGUUUGUGACGACGAGCUUCAAGAUUAGGAUUAAGGAUGUGUAUAUAUGUGUACUUGUAGAGAUUAAGCCACAGAAUCGAUGUACAAAGCUGUUCCAUAUUAAGUCACGAGUUAUAAGGAUAUCAAAACUGCUGUGUCAAAAUAAUAAACGAUCCGAGAAUACGACAAACUA